CUGUCAGUCAUUUACACUUAGCUCUAGAGCAUUCGCUUUUUGCGUCAGUGCAGUCAGAGUUACAGCUCAAGAAGAAAUGCACAUAGUUAUGGCGAUCUUCAGUACUGCGUUCGUUUUGCUGUAUUUCUUUGGCUCAUCUCUGGCGGUUGAAGUAGCAAAAUGUGGCGGUGUCCUUAACAAUGAAACUGGACAAAUAACUUCACCAAAUUACCCAAACGACUAUCCAGAUGGUAUCACUUGUAGAUGGAAGAUCUCUCCUUACAAGUCCCAUGUGAAUAUCACUAUUGAGGACUUCUUGCUUGAAGGAUCUACAAACUGUGAAAAUUUCGACUUCCUUGAAAUCAAAGUUAAAAAAGGCCGGUAUAGCGACGAAAGAAUCGCUGUUUGCGGGUCACUGAAUCCUCGUGUACUGAGCAUCACACUAGACGGUGAACCAGUGGAAAUGACCUUCAAAACCGAUAUGAAUGUGAACGCAAGAGGAUUCAAAAUCAGUUACCGAGGCUUUGACAUCGACCCUUGUGUGAACAACAAUGGUGGAUGCUCGCACACAUGCAACCUGGUAAAUGGGAAGCGUGAAUGCUCGUGUCCCGAUGGUUACAAACUGGGGUAUGACUCGCAGACGUGCAAAGGCGUCAAUAGUUGUUACUUCGCGGGACGACAAAAGUGUCCUUACACAAGUAAGUCAAGUUGCAAGGACCUUGCACACGGUGUUACCACUUGCGUCUGUUGGCAUGGUUACAAGAAAGACUUAAGGCACAACAAAUGCCGCGAUAUUGACGAGUGCAAAGAAGUUCCGAACCGGUGUGGUGUUGGGGUUUGUCAUAACAAAAUAGGUUACUAUUACUGUACCUGUCCCAAAGGGUACCAAUCAGGCUAUAAAGACGGCAAACAGACAUGCCGGGAUACAGACGAAUGUAAUAGUUACAGGCAACCGCACUGUGGAGAGGCCCAAUGUGUUAACACUCCCGGGAGCUAUGUUUGCCAAUGCAAACCUGGAUAUAAGUUCAACGAAGUUUCGAAAACCUGUGAAGAUGACGAUGAAUGCACCGCGAACAUCGGUGGAUGCGAUCAAGUUUGCUCGAACACAAAUGGUUCCUUCAGUUGCAGCUGUCAUCUGGGGUUUUUCCUGGAUAGCAAUGGCAAAACAUGCAGGGAUGUAAAAAUUGAAGGUUUUGGACCCGUCAACACAGACAAUGCCUGCCAAGGAGAAUCGCUGAGAAUAUCCUGCAAAGAUCCUUUAAAAUCGCUCAUAAUUUUCGAAGCAAAGUACGGUGAUGCUGGAGAUCCAACAAUUUGUCCUUACAAACAGUUCAUCGCCCAAGUCGAUAGCAAGAGCCCUGACACUUUGCCUUGUUCCGAAAACGUGACAAAGGAGAUCGAGAGAUUGUGUGGCUGGGAAAAUACAUGUGAAGUCAAAGCCGAGUCUUCCCUUAGCCGUGUUUGCCGUGGACCCAACAACCAUUUGUCUGUUGUUUAUUCUUGCGGUAAACCCCUGAAGUGUCCACCUCUGCCCAAACCAGACAAGUGUGUUGCUCCUGUAAAGAACGAGUGCAAGACGGACAAGGAUUGCCCCCUGGCUAAAAUGUGCUGCUUUGACGGAUGCCAGAGUGUGUGCUCUAAACCUGUUUUGUACACGAAGCCCACAGCUGGUUCCUAAGGCAACAGGUGUCCUGAGAAACAAACUGCUUGACAGGGACUGGACAAUUGGCACAAAAGUGAAAAAAGCUGACUACAGUAACAGCAGUAAAUUGGAAUUAUUAAAUGAAAGCUUUUUCUUUUGUCUAUCGAUAGAAAUCAUGUUUGUAUUCCUGUGAUAAACAAUACAUGACUAGUAAAGCUUACUCUA